CCACCCAGCGAUACACAUACAGAAACACAAGCCGUCCUCCUCGACCCAGCACCCCUGCAUCCACUGAUUCACCCACCACCCGAUCGAGCUCAAGCACCACCCUACCCACCACCACCAGCCACCCCCUCCCUGCACCGUUACGCACAGAUCGAUCUCGUCGGAUCUCUGGCAGGCGCGAUGGCCGACGAUUACACUGUGAUCCCACAAAUCGACGUUUUCGCCACCAGCGACCAGGAGCUGCUUGACCUCCUCCAACAAAGGACGGCUUUAUACGAUGCAGAGAAGCUGGCGCGGGGGUGGGAACGGUUGCCGGUCAACGCCCACCUCGUCGGGCUGGCCCCGUCCGAGCUUCCAUCCUGCUUCCUGAUGUCGGGGGACGUUAUGAACCAGCUGGAGAUACGUCAGUCGUGCUGGGGCUCCUACCGGUUUGUACCAAGCCCCUUGUACGCGGUCCGUUCUUCAGCUGGCCCUGAGUACACGGGGGUCAGGCAGACGAGAAUGUUUCGCAACCGUGACAAAUCGGACUGGAUCAUGAUCCAGUACAAAUUGUUGGAGCCGAAGGAUGAAGGGCGUGACUUGUUUCUGCAGGAUGAGCUGAUGCUUUGUGUGGUUUUCCGGGUGAGAAACAAAGGCGAGGUCAUGUCCCCAGAUGAGGCAAUUUACCCUCAAAUUCCUGACCAUCUCGAUACGCUUUUCAGAUUUCUCUAUCACGAAGAACUCGACACGGAUGGUCCCCUAUCGCCUGUGCGUGAAGAGCAGUUGAACAGUCGCAUAAGUUCGUUGAGUGAGUGCUUCAACGGCCAGAAUCAGGGGCAUGGGGUUGGACUACAACCAAAGACAAAGCGCCCAAGAUCGACUGGUCCAGAUGGUAAAUCAGAUAUUUGGAGGAAUUUCACCAAGAUAUACGUAAGAGAUGACUCAGAUGAGUAUGGCAAAUUCAAACUUGCUUACGCGGUGUGCCAUAUCUGCGAUAAGUUGUUAAAAGCUCCUUCCAAGAAUGGCACCAAGACCCUGUGGAGGCAUCACGAAACAUGCUCAUGCAAGCAAGUGAAGCAACAGACACAGCAGCAGGGGAGGUGCUCUGCAUCUGUAGUGCCAGACUACUCACGUGCUCGCUGCCCAAGUUCUAUCUAGCUUGUUAGGGGCAGCGCCGUGAACCCAAUAAAAUUCGCCGAGUCUUUCAUUGAAUUAGCUUAGCCAGUGUUUGUUAGUGGAAGAUUGCACCUUAAAUAGUGAAGCGGAGCCCAAUAGUUCUCUGCUCUAGCUUCGCCAAGCCUGAUAUGAUGCAAAAAUUCAGAUGGAUUACACGCAGGCAAUGCACCAUCCAAUUCCAAUGUAACACACAUUUUCUACUGUAUUUGGAAAUAACAUUUUUUUACCAAA